ACUCCCUCUCUCUUACUCCUACACGGCUCUGUCACUCACUCACACCAGCUCUCCCUGGGCACCAUCUCCGCCAUCGCAGAUCCUCUUCAACUCUACAUUUUGCCAGGUGGACGCAUACCCUGCAGUCACCAUUCCCACCCCCGAGAGUUCCACCCUGGCAGCGCAGCCCCUUCCCCGGCUGAGCAUCGGGCGGAAGACCCUGGUGGCAGCUGCUGUGGGGGUCAUGCUGGUCCUGGUCUUAGUGGUCCUCAUCCCUGUGCUGGUGAGCUCUGUUGGCACAGGGGACACCGAUGACAGUGCAAGCCACUAUGAGAUGCUGGGCACCUGCCGCAUGGUCUGUGACCCCUUCCCCAGCACGGGUGCGACGGGCACCGGUGUGAACGCGGGCACAGACACAGCAACCGUGAGUCUACAAGUGGAAGAUGAGGCACACAUGAUUGAGCAGAGCAUCGUCCCACCACUGCCUACCUACAGUGCCCAUGGCCCUCAAGGCAGACAAGGACGUCCUGGCAAGCCUGGACCCCCAGGACCACCUGGAGAGCCAGGUCCACCAGGACCCAAGGGACCACCGGGGGAUGGUGUGGACGUGGUACGGACAGGAAUAUUAGGUUUAGGGGGUAAAGGGGCCGUCAGCACAACUACUUACAACACCAUGCCUCGGGUAGCAUUUUACGCCGGACUACGGAACCCUCAAGAAGGCUACGAUAUUCUGCGGUUUGAUGACGUGGUGACAAACAUUGGGGGGAACUAUGAGGGUGCGACGGGCAAGUUCACCUGUAAGAUCCCUGGUACCUACUUUUUCAUCUACAACGUGCUGAUGAGGGGAGGAGAUGGCACCAGCAUGUGGGCUGACUUGAUCAAGAAUGGUCUGGUCAGAGCCAGCGCCAUCGCCCAAGACCAGGACCAGAGUUACGACUAUGCCAGCAACAGCGUCAUUCUUCACUUGGAUGCUGGCGAUGAGGUUUUCAUCAAACUGGACGGUGGCAAAGCUCAUGGGGGCAACAGCAACAAAUACAGCACCUUCUCAGGUUUUAUUCUCUAUGCUGACUGAGGACUGGACGAGGAUGAGAGAUCAGACGUCACAGAAGGGUCACAGCCAGAGAAAAUUCACUUUUCUGACUUUUACUUGGCUGUCACCGAAAGGUUCAUGUUGCCCGUAGCCACGGAUCCACAGUCAGUGUUUUUACAGAUGUCUGCGGUCGGGACUCGUGGCUGUGUAUCUAUGGCUAUUGGUAACUGUGCACCUCCUCAUCCAUGCGUUCUCUUGUAUACAGGAUGCCUAUGUGCCGCCAUUCAGAUGGACACAAGCUACGUCACAGUGUCAGUCACGCUGAGGUGCCGCAACAAUUCUGACAGUGCCGAUACCUCACCUCGUCUUUGAGCUGUCAUUUCAUAUUUUCAGUCUGGGAAAAAUCCAGCCGCUGUCGUCGUGGUGACUGCGGUGUUUGUAAAUGUGCUGUGUAGAUUUGUCGCAAUUACGUGUUCUCAUGCUGUUUGUACGAUAACUUGUGCUUCAAAACACUGAUAGAGAGAUAUUUGAUCAAACACGAGGUUACGAUUGUUCUGGCAGUGUCAUAACAUGUACAGUGUCUCAGUGUGAGUUGAAAAAUAAUGUCAUACCAGCCCAUUACAUUUGGCUUAUCAUUAGUGUAUAAACUGUAAACCUGAUAUCGGUGUCUAAACGCAGUCAAAGUAUUAUAUCGAUGUAAUGGUUAUUAAUGUGCUUACAUUAUUUAUUUGAUUCAUGCAUGCAACACGUGUUGAAAUGUUCUGUAUGUUUCCACAAAAGAUAAAACGAGCUACAUCAUGUGGGCAUGAGGAACAUCUGUUGAAAAUGUUGAAAUGAUUUUUUCAUUUUUGCAUUUUGUCAUGCACUAUCUGGUGAAUGUCACUCACCUCGGCUGUUUUUUUUUUCCGAUCAUCUGUUCUUAUCUCUCCUUCUCCAGCGAGAGCAGCCUUCAGUGCUGCAAAUGUUACAGGCAAAGGAAGCAGUGAUCGGUGAGGGACAAAGAGGAGGAAAACAAAGCUGUAUUAAAUGCCAAAUGAAGCAUGAGAUGAUUCUGUUUCACAAUCAAAAGGAGAGACGUGUUUGGGUUUUUUUUUUCCUCUAAUGGCUGUAAAGAUGCUGAGAUAUACGAUGACAGGAAGUCAGCGAGCGGGUGUUGGAACAUAUCAAGGCAAAGCUUAGAUCAGAGUCUGAGAGUAAUCCAGGGCAAAUUAGGCUCCACUGUGACUGUGACAGACAAGGAAAUAGCUCCCAGGCCUAAAGUGUAAAAACCAAUAUAUUUUAUGGCGUUAUUAUGACAUGCUUUGGACAUAAUUCACCUUUGACAUGGACCAUGAAGAGUCUCUCCGUCUCUUACUUAGUUGGAAACACGGAGUUAAGAAUUCAAGCACAAAAGUUUGUUGGUCUCGAUGAAGCGGGUCAAAAUGCACUGUUACACAGUCACUGAUGCUUAGACAACUGAAUUACAGCACUGUGUUAUCUGUCAAAAUGAUUGAAACUCAAUUAAAUACAGCACUUUGUUGUACCUCACGUCAA